AUGACUAGUUCUGUAUGUGAAGACCCUACAAAGAAAGGGCAGUUAGACUGGACAAAACGGUACAACAUUAUUCGGGGAAUCACUCGAGGAGUACUAUAUCUGCAUCAAGACUCACGGCUCAGAAUCAUACAUCGUGACCUCAAAGCUGGCAAUAUUCUCCUAGAUGUCGAUAUGAACCCAAAAGUUGCUGAUUUUGGAAUGGCGAGAAUUUUUGGGAUGGACCAAAGUGCAGCUAAUACAAAGAGAAUAACUGGGACACGUGGUUACAUGCCCCCAGAAUAUUUGAUGCAUGGCCGAUUCUCAACAAAAUCUGAUGUCUAUAGUUUCGGCGUCUUAGUUCUUGAGAUUAUAUGUGGUCGAAAUAACAGAUUUGUCCACCAGUCAGACACAACAGUUGAGAAUUUGGUCACAUACGCAUGGAGGUUGUGGAGAAACAAGUCACUAAUAGACCUAGUGGAUCCAACCAUUUCAGAUAAUUGUCAAAUGGAAGAGGUGACAAGAUGCAUCCACAUUGCUCUGCUAUGUGUUCAACACAAUCCCACAGAUCGCCCUAGCUUGUCGACAAUCCACAUGAUGCUCACUCACAAUUCCCUUCAGUUACCUGAUCCUCAACAACCUGGAUUCUUCUAUCCAAAUAGACGCAACCAAGAACGAGAUGGUCUGGAGUCUAUCCAGUCCAGGAACAGGGUUAUUUCCCACACUAUCAAUGAUGUAACUGUUACAGAUCUUGAUCCUCGUUGA